UAUAGCGGAACGACCAAUCGAAACGCUGUUCUCAGGCACGUGACCCCUUCCCAGGUCGCAGCGGUCCGCGGAGACUCCUCUCUAAAAGGCGACUGCACGCGCUCCUCAGUCUCACUCGCCUUGCAAGCUGUUCGCCGUUGGCCAUUUUGGAACCGAAGAACCUGCAAAAUGUCGGACGAAGGUAAAUUGUUCAUCGGAGGACUGAGCUUUGAGACCAACGAGGAUUCUCUUACUGCGGCCUUCAGCAAAUAUGGAACCAUCGAAAGAGUCGAUGUGAUCAGAGACAAAGAGACUGGACGCUCUCGUGGUUUUGGCUUUGUCAAGUACGAUAACGUCGAAGAUGCUAAAGAUGCGCUGGAAGCCAUGAACGGAAAGACUCUGGACGGCAGGGCCAUUCGUGUGGACGAAGCAGGCAAGAGUGGACGCGCCAGACCCAGCUAUGGCUCAGCUCCACGCGGCGGCGGCCGGUUCAGUGGGCCAAGGGGUGGAAGAGGAAGCUACAACGGCGACCGCGGCUAUGACAGGGGGUACAACGACAGAGGCUUCGGGGGUGGUGACAGAAGCUUCGGAGGCGGCAGCGGCGGCUACAGGAGUGGCGGCGGCGGAGGUGGAUACUCCAGUGGUUACAGGGAAAAUAGGGGCCAGGGUGGCUACAGUGACCGCUCCGGGUCAUACCGCGACGGAUAUGACAGCUAUGCUGCACACGAGUAAACAUCUCCCUGAUUCAAGAUCCAUCACUUGGCUGGCUGUAUUUCAAAGAUGCGCUCCUCAAGAAAAAUGUCCACGUGUUAUUGCUGACCUUAGUUUUGUAGUUCUGUUGUAGUAGCUCAAUCGUCUUUAAAAAAAACAUGUAGCCGUUUUGGUCAUUCCUUUACGAAAAGAAAAAAAAAUAACCUUGUUCGAAAAGAGAAGUUCAAGAUUGGGCACUUUUUUUAUUCCUAGCAAGUCUGUUCACUAAGAGGCUAUUAAACUUCUCCACAUCAGCCACUAACGUUCCUGCAGACUUUGUCUCCAGAUUUUUUUUUUUUUUGGCGUAGUUUUGUUUUUUUGACUUGGGUAUUUUUGUUCUGCUCAUUCCCUCUCUUGGUCCAUGACCAACCCUCCUGCCAGAUUUUGUUUUUUCCCCAAUGCAGAAGAGGCUAAUUUGUAGACCUAUUGGUGGGAUUUUUAUGCUAAAUUUGAUUCUAGCGAGCUGAAGUGUAGCUGGGGCUCCUGUCUGUUCAAUUUCCCAAAAGAGUUGAAUUCCUUUCAGACUGGUGAACUACACAUCCGAAGUGGCCGGCUGUUCAUGAAGUUGCAAAUUGCAGCAUGCUACAGUCCGUGCAAAGGUAUCUCUGUGCUCUGCUCAACCUCUGCAUUUUAAAUGUGCUGUAAAAUGGACUCAUCUUGUUCAGUGAUCAAAAAAAAUGUAACUCACGUUUCCCCAAUUAAGAUCUCAACCGGGAACAGUUUUGUACUUUAUGUUCUUUGUAUGAUCGAUAAUUCUUUUGUCAGUUUGGCUUCAUGGAGCCUAUUAAACAGACUGUGGAAAAUAA